CCUGCUAACCCGGAAAAGAAGGACGUGCGUCCUGUCCCACCAAGUUAGAGACUCAAAGUGCGGGGAAAGAGGAGAGAACAGCCACCGAGGCCGGAGGAGAGCACGGGUCCAGGGGAGGACUGACCCGGGCCGCCGCGGCCGCCGAGGUGCGCUGCACUCGGGUGCGCCUCUGCCUCCGCCCCUGCCUCCUCCUUGGCGGGGACGGGGUCCGGGCUGUGACCGCCUCCAGGGACCGCUCGCUCCCGGCCACAGGCUGAGACCGCGUGGUUCGCAGGGUCCUGGGUCCCCGGAGCAGGCGGGGUCGGGGCACGGCGUCUGCGAGCCCCGCGCGCGCUGCACCCCUCCGGGCUCCGCGCCUCCCCGGAGCCCUCUCCGCCCGCCCGCCCGCCGGGAGAUGGCCGCGCGGAUGCGGGGCAGGGACCCGGCCCGCUGCCUCCUGCUCCUGGCCGCGGUGCUGAUGGUGGAGAGCUCGCAGCUCGGCGGCUCGCGGGCCAAACUCAACUCCAUCAAGUCCUCUGUGGGCGGAGAGACGCCUGGUCAGGCCGCCAACCGAUCUGCCGGCGCUUACCAAGGACUGGCUUUCGGCAGCAGUAAGAAGGGCAAAACCCCGGGGCAGGCCUACCCUUGCAGCAGCGAUAAGGAAUGUGAGGUUGGGAGAUACUGCCACAGUCCCCACCAGGGACCGUCAGCCUGCAUGGUGUGUCGAAGGAAAAAGAAGCGUUGCCAUAGAGAUGGCAUGUGUUGCCCGGGAACCCGCUGCAAUAAUGGCAUCUGCAUCCCAGUCACUGAAAGCAUCCUAACCCCACACAUCCCAGCUCUGGAUGGCACUCGGCAUAGAGAUCGAAACCACGGUCAUUACUCAAACCAUGACUUGGGAUGGCAGACUCUAGGAAGACCACACACCAAGAUGUCCCAUAUAAAAGGGCACGAAGGAGAUCCCUGCCUGAGAUCCUCAGACUGCAUUGAAGGGUUUUGUUGUGCUCGUCACUUCUGGACGAAAAUCUGCAAACCAGUGCUGCACCAGGGAGAGGUCUGCACAAAACAGCGCAAGAAGGGCUCUCAUGGGCUAGAAAUUUUCCAGCGGUGUGACUGUGCCAAGGGCCUGUCUUGCAAGGUGUGGAAAGAUGCCACCUACUCUUCCAAAGCCAGACUGCAUGUGUGUCAGAAGGUCUGACCACUGUCGAGGGAAAGCAUCACCAGCAGACUGUGAAUUUGUGUAUUUAAUGCAUUGUGGCAUGGUGGAAAACAAGGUUUGGAAUGCAGAAGAAUGGCUAAAAUGUGAAUGUGCUGAGCAUAUAGAGCAGAGAAGGAAGGGAACAUGGAGGAGGACUGAAUGGAUUAGGGUGGAUGGCAAAUGCAGAGCAACCAGUGUUUCCAUUAUGCAACUGGUUUAUGUAAAUAAUGUACACAUUUGUGAAAACACUAUUAUUAAAAAAAAAAAAAAGCACACCAUGGAAAUUACUGAUGAGUGCCAUGUGGCUUUCCAAGAGUUUAGGUUGUGCUGGAGGAGAGGUUUCCUUCAGGUUGGUGAUUGCCUAUAAAAUUAACCUAAAAGCCAUGGAUCUAUUCAGUUAACAGUUUAACAAAUUACUCCCUGACCCACAAUAAGCUCUAAAGCAUGAACAGAGCAGAUAAACAGGAAAUGAAAACAGAGCAGAGUUAAUUUGCAACAUACAAUCACUUCUUAAUUUAGAACUCAACUUUAUCUGCUCAAUUAAAGGCCUUAAUAGAUAAGAAAAAAACAGAGUCAAGAACUUUAGAAAAAUAACAAACUGAUUUCCCCUCAAACUGUUUAUUUACCUUUUUUUGAAAAAUUAAUUUCACCUAUAAUUAAUAAAACCAAUAUAAGAUAAAAAUGGAUUCCAUAUUCUGAAGGAAUGACAUCCAUUUCUCUUGGAUAUACUGAGAUUCCUACCCUGAAUACAUUUGUUUCCCAAACUGUACCCAUUAAUUGUGACCAGUGCAAUAUAUGCACAGAGCAGAAUCUUGGCAGACUGCAAAAAAAUUGUAAAGAUGUCUACAAUAUGGGGGAAACAAAGUUAAUGGAGAUACCAUUGUUUUCUAAAGCUUUGACAUACACUACAUUUUAAUAGGAUUGGAUGUAAAUAUGUUUAUUUUUUACACACUCUACGGUAGGAUGGGGUGAAGCUGGUAAUGGUCCUGUCCCUAAGUACAGCCAAGGACAUGGGGGAACUUUGUCAGUUGUCCAGAGUUUGGCCACACAUGGGUCACAUGUGUGACACACGGGUGUAUGUGUGACACACCUUUGAAACCAGAGACAGCACAACCUGAAGGCAGUCCUCCGUGGGAUUUUCUGUUUCAAUAUUUACAUCCAGAUGAGUUCAGUUUAAGGUCUCUUACCUUUUCAAUACUCAAAAUAUUUAUUUUAUAUUUUUAAGUCCUAAAGUAAUCUUAAUAUGAGGUGGUCUCAUGAAGCAGACCCCCGGGGUAGGUAGCACAGUGAGAGUCAUGGUCCUGAAGCUUCUAACUGACCCCGGUACCAUGCGAGGUGUCUGCACCGAGCUCUCUCUGCUAUAGCUAUUUCAUUGCCAAAUACAUAGUUUUUGCUUUCUGCAGGCACUGAGGUUAAAAAGUAUAAUAACUUGUAAAAUCUAUAUGUCAGUAAUCCAUAGAAAACACAGGCUCUAAAUUCUUUUGAAAACAUUUUAUUGCCUUUUUAUUUAACUCACUUCUAAAUCCUACGUCUAGAGCAUAUGAGAACAAAAAGUUUAUUUUAUGGUCGUUACUUUAAACUUUUAUGAACAGAAAGUCACUCCUGAAUCUUAUUACAGUUAUACUCCAUCUGCAGCCUCAAAUUCAAGUUCUCCAGAUAGAAAUUGAAUCAGAGCCUGUAUGGAGAAUUUCAGCUUCCUGAACAUAUUUCCUAGGAUGAUGAAGAUUUCCACACAUGUCUGCAAAAACAAAAAUUAUAUGCUACUUGACCCAAGAGCCCAAGUUGAUGCCAUUGGGCUGUAUAAGCUUGGUGAAAGGAAACGGGAACAUUUUCGCCAGUCAUUUCUUAUAUAGCCGCUACAUUUACACUCUGGUUCCUGUAUCAUUUCCCUUAUGUUUACUUUAUGCUUUCAAAAAUUAUUAUUUGAAGUAAUUUAUUUAGAGGAAAUGUUAAUGAGAUGUAUUUUCUUAUAGAGAUAUUUCUUACAGAAAGCUUUGUAGCAGAAUAUAUUUGCAGCUGUUGACUUUGUAAUUUAGGGGAAAUGUAUAAUAAGAUAAAAUAUAUUAAAUUUUUCUUCUUCCAAAAAUUGAA